GCAAAGCGCGCGAUCACGGCCACGGCCACGGCGCCGCGGGCGGCUCGGUCCCGAGGAGGGGCAGCGCUUAAGCGGGCGCAGCGCCGGAUCCCAGCGAGGAUUUGGGCUCGGCGGCGCGCCCUCCGCUGCCUCUCCCGGCGGCGCCAGACUCCAAGCGGGGGCCAGCAGGAGGGCAAGAGGACCCAGAACCCGGUCCCCACGCCGGGGAGCCGCGGGACUUCGGACUUGUGCAACUGUUGCCACUUUGGGGUCUGGUGUUUCGCUGCUGCUGUUGCGUCUACACUGGCAGUUGCGGCUCAGGCUCGCGUCCCCCUCGGCUUCCCGCGUCUACCGGCCGCCGCCGCCCCGAGGCGGCCCGGCGCGCACUCAGCACCAUGAGGACACUUGGGACUUGCCUGGUGACUUUGGCUGGACUUUUGCUAACUGCGGCCGGGGAGACGUUUUCAGGUGGCUGCCUCUUUGAUGAGCCAUACAGCACAUGUGGAUAUAGUCAAGCUGACGAUGAUGACUUCAAUUGGGAGCAGGUGAACACCUUGACCAAACCAACAUCUGAUCCAUGGAUGCCAUCAGGCUCCUUCAUGCUGGUGAAUGCUUCUGGGAAACCUGAGGGCCAGAGGGCUCACCUACUCUUGCCUCAGCUUAAGGAAAAUGACACCCACUGCAUCGAUUUUCACUACUUUGUAUCCAGCAAGAGUAACUCUGCUCCUGGGUCACUCAGUGUCUAUGUGAAGGUGAAUAGUGGGCCAUUGGGGAACCCUAUCUGGAAUAUGUCUGGAGACCCCACCCGCACAUGGCACAGGGCGGAACUGGCCAUCAGCACCUUCUGGCCCAACUAUUACCAGGUGAUUUUUGAAGUGGUAACCUCUGGACACCACGGCUACCUUGCUAUUGAUGAAGUUAAGGUCUUAGGACACCCAUGCACCAGAACUCCCCACUUCCUGCGGAUUCAGAACGUGGAGGUGAAUGCCGGCCAGUUCGCGACCUUCCAGUGCAGCGCCAUAGGCAGGACCGUGGCCGGGGACCGGCUCUGGCUGCAGGGCAUUGAUGUCCGAGAUGCUCCUUUGAAGGAAAUAAAAGUGACUAGUUCCAGAAGAUUCAUAGCCUCAUUUAAUGUUGUCAACACGACCAAGAGAGAUGCUGGGAAGUACCGCUGCAUGAUUCGCACAGAAGGCGGUGUUGGGGUAUCAAACUACGCAGAAUUGGUAGUUAAAGAACCACCUGUUCCCAUUGCUCCGCCGCAGCUUGCCUCUGUUGGAGCAACCUAUCUGUGGAUACAGCUCAACGCCAACUCCAUCAAUGGGGAUGGGCCCAUUGUGGCCCGUGAGGUCGAGUACUGCACAGCCAGUGGGAGCUGGAAUGAUCGGCAGCCAGUGGAUUCCACGAGUUACAAAAUUGGGCACCUUGACCCAGACACGGAAUAUGAGAUCAGUGUGCUUCUCACCAGACCAGGGGAAGGAGGCACUGGAUCUCCUGGGCCAGCUCUGAGAACAAGAACCAAGUGUGCCGAUCCCAUGCGUGGCCCGAGAAAACUGGAAGUUGUAGAGGUCAAGUCUCGACAAAUCACCAUCCGCUGGGAGCCAUUUGGAUACAAUGUAACUCGUUGCCAUAGUUAUAAUCUCACGGUGCACUACUGUUACCAGGUGGGAGGACAGGAGCAGGUGCGAGAAGAAGUGAGCUGGGAUACGGAUAAUUCACACCCUCAGCAUACAAUCACCAACCUCUCCCCAUACACCAAUGUCAGCGUGAAGCUCAUCCUCAUGAACCCCGAGGGGCGCAAGGAAAGUCAGGAACUCAUUGUACAGACGGAUGAAGACCUCCCAGGUGCUGUUCCCACUGAAUCCAUCCAAGGAAGUACCUUUGAGGAGAAGAUAUUUCUUCAAUGGAGAGAGCCAACACAAACAUACGGUGUCAUCACUUUAUAUGAGAUCACCUACAAGGCAGUCAGUUCCUUUGACCCGGAAAUAGAUCUAUCCAACCAAAGCGGAAGAGUCUCAAAACUAGGAAAUGAAACCCAUUUUCUCUUCUUUGGCCUGUAUCCUGGAACCACAUACUCCUUCACCAUCAGAGCCAGCACAGUGAAGGGAUUCGGACCUCCGGCAACAAACCAGUUCACCACCAAAAUAUCAGCACCAUCCAUGCCAGCGUAUGAAUUUGAGACACCUUUGAAUCAGACUGAUAACACGGUAACAGUGAUGUUGAAACCUGCCCAAAGCAGAGGGGCACCUGUCAGUGUCUAUCAAAUAGUGGUUGAGGAAGAGCGCCCUCGGAGGACCAAGAAGACAACAGAGAUCUUGAAGUGUUACCCGGUGCCGAUUCACUUCCAGAACGCUUCCGUGCUGAACUCGCAAUACUACUUCGCGGCAGAGUUUCCUGCAGACAGCCUCCAAGCGGCACAGCCCUUUACCAUUGGUGACAAUAAGACAUACAAUGGCUACUGGAACACCCCCCUUCUCCCCCAUAAAAGCUACAGAAUUUAUUACCAAGCCGCUAGUAGAGCCAAUGGGGAAACCAAAAUUGACUGUGUCCGAGUGGCCACAAAAGCUGCGAUAAUCGUGACUCAGCUUACAACACCAUACAUUCGCAUCGCCCCUGCUGCAGGCGACGGCCAACUAACAGGGGCCGUUACCCCAAAGCCAGUCCCCGAACCUGAGAAACAAACAGACCACACAGUUAAAAUCGCCGGAGUGAUUGCAGGCAUCUUGCUAUUCGUUAUCAUAUUUCUGGGAGUUGUGCUGGUCAUGAAGAAAAGGAAACUGGCCAAGAAGAGGAAGGAGACGAUGAGCAGCACCCGGCAGGAGAUGACCGUGAUGGUGAAUUCUAUGGACAAGAGCUAUGCCGAGCAAGGCACGAACUGUGACGAGGCGUUCUCCUUCAUGGACACGCACAACCUGAAUGGGAGAUCCGUGUCUUCACCAUCAUCCUUCACGAUGAAAACAAAUACGCUGAGCACGUCGGUGCCGAAUUCCUACUACCCAGACCCAUUUGUGCCAACUGCAAUUUUAGUGCCAAUCAAUGAUGAGACCCACACAAUGGCCAGCGACACCAGCAGCAGCCUAGUUCAGUCCCAUACAUACAAGAAGCGCGAGGCUACUGACGUGCCUUACCAGACUGGACAGCUUCACCCGGCUAUCCGUGUGGCAGACCUCCUCCAACACAUCACUCAGAUGAAGUGUGCUGAGGGCUAUGGCUUCAAGGAGGAGUAUGAGAGCUUCUUUGAAGGACAGUCUGCACCAUGGGACUCGGCUAAGAAAGACGAGAACAGAAUGAAGAACAGAUACGGAAACAUCAUUGCAUAUGAUCACUCACGGGUUCGGCUGCAGAUGCUGGAAGGUGACAACAAUUCGGAUUAUAUCAAUGGCAAUUACAUCGAUGGCUACCAUCGACCCAAUCAUUAUAUCGCAACCCAGGGACCCAUGCAGGAGACCAUCUAUGAUUUCUGGAGGAUGGUGUGGCACGAGAACACUGCCAGCAUCAUCAUGGUGACCAACCUCGUGGAAGUGGGAAGGGUGAAAUGCUGCAAAUACUGGCCAGAUGACACCGAGAUCUACAAAGACAUUAAAGUGACUCUGAUAGACACCGAGCUGCUGGCAGAAUAUGUGAUAAGAACAUUUGCUGUGGAAAAGGGAGGGGCCGGAGGUGAAGCAAACUGCAGUCCGUCCAGAGAAGUGCCACAGAGAGGCAUUCAUGAGAUCCGAGAGAUAAGACAGUUUCACUUCACUGGCUGGCCCGAUCAUGGGGUCCCCUACCACGCCACCGGUCUGCUUGGAUUUGUCCGGCAGGUCAAAUCCAAGAGCCCACCUAAUGCAGGCCCCUUGGUGGUACACUGCAGUGCUGGGGCAGGAAGGACCGGCUGCUUCAUAGUCAUUGAUAUCAUGUUGGACAUGGCAGAAAGGGAAGGUGUGGUGGACAUCUACAACUGUGUCAGAGAGCUCCGGUCCAGGAGAGUCAACAUGGUGCAGACAGAGGAGCAGUACGUGUUUAUCCAUGAUGCGAUCCUGGAAGCCUGUCUUUGUGGAGACACCUCCAUUCCUGGUUCCCAAGUCAGGUCUCUGUAUUAUGACAUGAACAAGCUGGACCCGCAGACAAACUCAAGCCAAAUUAAAGAGGAGUUCCGGACUCUCAACAUGGUGACGCCCACCCUAAGAGUGGAGGACUGCAGCAUUGCACUCCUGCCCCGGAACCAUGAGAAAAACCGCUGCAUGGACAUCCUGCCUCCCGACCGCUGCCUGCCCUUCCUCAUCACCAUCGAUGGGGAGAGCAGCAACUACAUCAAUGCAGCCUUGAUGGAUAGCUAUAAACAGCCAUCGGCGUUUAUAGUCACCCAGCAUCCUUUGCCAAACACUGUCAAAGACUUCUGGCGACUGGUCUUGGAUUAUCACUGCACAUCGGUAGUUAUGCUCAACGAUGUGGAUCCUGCCCAGUUGUGUCCACAGUACUGGCCAGAAAACGGAGUGCACAGACAUGGCCCCAUCCAGGUGGAAUUUGUGUCUGCAGACUUGGAAGAAGAUAUCAUCAGCAGGAUUUUCAGGAUUUACAAUGCCUCCAGACCCCAGGAUGGACAUCGGAUGGUCCAGCAGUUCCAGUUCCUGGGCUGGCCGAUGUACAGGGACACACCUGUGUCCAAGCGUUCCUUCCUGAAGCUCAUCCGCCAGGUGGACAAAUGGCAGGAGGAGUACAAUGGAGGUGAAGGCCGCACAGUGGUGCACUGCUUGAACGGAGGAGGCCGCAGUGGCACCUUCUGUGCCAUCAGCAUUGUCUGUGAAAUGCUCCGGCACCAGAGAACCGUGGACGUCUUCCAUGCCGUCAAGACACUGAGGAACAACAAGCCGAACAUGGUGGACCUCCUGGAUCAGUACAAGUUCUGCUAUGAGGUGGCCCUGGAGUACUUGAAUUCUGGCUGACAGCAUCAACAGCUCUGCAGAGGAAUAUCUUCCUACCACAAAGUCAAGACGUUCUGUGGCAAUGAGAUGAAGAAUUGUCAGUAUGCUUAUUCUUGCUUUGCAUAAUUGGCUCUUUUUAAGAGCCCAAGAAAGUGUUUCUAAAACUGCUUGCACUGCCCAGUUCCCUGUAAUGCUGCUGCGUGACCAAAACACAGCAGACAGUCACCAGAGACUGUUCUCCUCGCCACUGGCACUGUUAGAGCAGCACAGACAUCUGGUCAACUGAAGAGCACAAUUAUAUUCUUAUGAAGGAAUUUGUACUUUUGGGUUUGUUUGUUUUUUUUUUUUUUUUUGUGGCCGUGACCCUUUGUCAUUGUUACAACUGAGUGUAUGUUUUGUUCUGUGGAGAAUGCUACCUGGCAUUAUGAUAAUAUAUUCUUUUAGUUAAUAUUUGUAUUUUAACAUGUUGCAUAAUAUAAGAUUAUAUAGCUUUCAAGGACUAACAGAUAAAGAUGUAAUGAACAAAGACACAGUGUAUGAGUUGUUGUUUCUAGCGCAUUUGUAUGAUUCAAAGAGAAAAGCUGGGGAGGCCUCCGUUCAGAAAUGUAACAUGGUGAGAGUCACAGAUCCAAAGCUUUUCCAUUUGUUUAUAUUGUAAAUAUUUUUUGAUUUCAUCAAAUUAUUUAUUCAUUAAAAGAAAUUUUUGUGAUGCACA